AUGGACGCAAAGAAAAAGAGUUGCAGUGACGGAAAUAUCAAAAUCAAAGACUCUGAAGCUAAUCAUGUUGACCUUGAUGAUCACAAAUGUUCAGAAGAACUAGAGUUGGGUCUUUCUCUUGAGAAACUGAAUCAUAGUCCUAAGAAGAAAUUGCUCAUUAUGAACAUUAAUGGAUUUCUUCUCCACAGAGCUCAUAUUAGUGAUAAGAAAGCAAUUCCAAAGUCUCGAACUGCUGAUCACGAAUAUCGUUACUUUCUCCGUUACAAGAGACCAUUUACUGAAGAAUUUAUGAAAUUCUGCUUAGAAAGAUUUGAAGUGGGCCUCUGGUCUUCUAGAUCCGAGCGUAGCAUUGAUGGUGCUUUAGAAUGUGUUAUGGGAGAUUCGAAAAACAAGCUGCUAUUUGUUUGGCUGCAUAACAUUUACUUGAAGUCGUUAAAAAGGAACGAUAAACCUUUUAAGGAACUAAAAGAAGUGUGGGAUGAUGUCAAGAAAGGAUGUCCAUAUUCUGCUUCAAAUACCUUGAUGAUUGAUGCCAGACCAUACAGGUCCUUCCUUAAUCCGUUAAUGCACAUGUUAAUAUUAACCAAGUCAUAUAAUCCAGAGGACAAGGGUGACAAAGCACUGGAUCCAAAUGGUGACCUGUGCAAGUAUUUGAAAGGAGUAGCUGAAGUAGAAGAUGUUCAGUCAUAUGUGAGGGAUAAUGCUUUUGGUGUACCAGCAAUUACAACUUCUCAUCCUCAUUGGGGCAAUUUUAUUCUCGUGUUCGUUCACUUAUAA